AUGGUCGGCCGAUAUUCCAUGUAUCCUGACUCCAUCCGCCUCUUGUUUAGCCCCGAAUCGUGGCUGGACGAUGUUUGCAUCAAUGCAUGUGCAAGUCUAUUGCAAGACUCCUUGUCGGCACCCCAGCUGCCCUCAUCGGACGCCUCGAGAGCAUGUGCUAUCUUUAGCACUCACGAUCUUGUUCGGGUUCGUCACAACACGGCCGAUGAAUACUUUUGGGGUCAAGUUAGAGCUACGGAAUACUGGAAUAAGGCCACAUGGAUCAUACCUAUCCAUCGACCGAGUCCGGAAAACCAUUGGGUCCUAUGCAUCGCGCUUCCGCACUCACACACCUUGUAUUUGUUCGAUAGCUUCGGCCAUCGCGGAUCCUGGGACCAGGACGUUGAAGAUGUCAUGAAGCUCGUCACCCGGCUUGUGCUCAUGGCCAACAGGCAGUACAAAUCAUGUCGAGUCAUUACAGAAGGAUGGACCGCCAAACCCACUUGUGUACAAGCGAUGCAAACGAAUGGCUACGAUUGCGGCGUAUGGGUUUUGGCAGGAAUCGCAGCCGCACUCCAAGGGUUCCAUGUCCCUGCCCUUACCGAACUCGAGGUUAGAGAGUUGAGGCACCACCUUUACCGUGCCGUGAUGGCCCAACCAGUCUAUGUCCCUCGGUCUCAGAGGUGCAAUCAGUAG